AUGGCGCGGGAUACAACAGACCGGCUAGAGUCGCCGUGCUCGACGGUCCUCGAGGCCUCCUGCUCGCCGGAGUCGCUCCCUUCGCUGUCGAAAUAUUACCACGACCUGCCUCACGGGUUCUUCAGCAAAACUUCCUGUGGCAUGCCUUCAGAGUGCCCUGCAAAGUCGCCGAACAGCCGCAGGGAAGACCAAGCCCAGAAGAGGACAUAUAGUGCGAAUGGCCAGGGGUUUCGCGGCGAAUGGGCGGAAAAACAAGACAACGAUCGAGGACCACGCCGAUACAAAGGCAAAAAUCACGGGUCUUCGGAGGGAAACGAGAACCUGGAGUCAGAAUUGGAAUUGGGGAUGGACAUGACCGGGGACUUGGACACGGAUUGGAACUUGGAUUUCGACAUGGACUUCGACUUUGACUUCGACUUUGGGGUCUUGGAACUGCCCAGACUGGUCAAGAGGGCCGCGAUUCCGCAGACGAUGGCCUUUCAUCUGGACUGGUGGAUCGCAAGGCUUGCCACCGAGGCUAUGGAUCUUAACCUCAAGACCCUCUUGGCGAGCAUGAUGCUGUGGAGGGAGAAGAACGACAUUGGCCGUUUUCCUACCUGUCGCACAUUGCCAGGGCCGGUGCCAGAUUCGAGUCAGGGGGCGGAAUACGAAGAUGAAGCCGAAGACAAAGACAAGAACGACGACACUUUGCGAUUUUGGCCAGCAUCCAGCCAGCAGCUACAAGGGCCGACCACCCAUGAAGUUUGGCCUGUCAACGUGGUACGGAAUGAUGAUGGCUCAUUCGCCGUGGUGGCGGGCUGGGACGUCCUCCUGCAGCAGGUGCAGCAAACGAGUAGGAGGAUGCGCAAGACCCGGCGCUGGAGGAUGCGGGGGCUGAAGAACGCCGCGGGCUGGUGUAAGUGGCAGCGCCAAGAAUGGAUCAAGUCCGAGAGUGAGUUUGUGUCUGAUCCGGAAGGUGGUUAUCACUUGAGGCGGACCCUCGAGGACGACGACGGCGACGGAGACGAGGAGGGGGACGAAAACAGAAUUGAAAAGCGGAUGCGCGUAUGGACGAUUGACCUUGGAUAUCGUAGAAAAUGA